AUGCUAUUGCGUAAAUGCAAUAAUAAUAAUAAUAAUAAUAAUAAUAAUAAUAAUAAUGAUAAUAAUAAUAAUAGUCCUACUAUUGUAAUUGAUGGAGGUUGUGGUCAAGGUGAAUGGAAAGGAGCUUAUAGUUCAACAUCUAGUGAAUGGGAAGAAAUUAGUUUAGAAGCAAGAAAACGAUUAGGCUUAACAUUUGAUUCUGAAACAGAAUUUUGGAUGCCACUUGAAUCCAUACUAGAAUCUAUGUCUGGUGUGUUAAUAUGUCGUUUUCCAGAUACCAGUCUUGUCAGUUUACCUGGACACAUAACUUGGCGUUUAUGUGAACAUCAUGGUGCUUGGUAUGGUCAUCAAACUGGUGGCAAUUUACAAUAUCGUAAUACAUUUCUACAUAAUCCUCAAUAUUAUUUUGAUAUUAUGAAUGAUUCCGAUGAAGUUCUAUUAUCACUUGUACGUAAAUAUAAUCGUGAUCCAUUAACUAUGGUCAUAGAACCAGAUUUAAGUCCAUUAUCGAUUGGAUUAGGUUUAUUCAAGAUUGAAAAUAAUCGCCCGGUAAAAUCGCAUACUUUAGCAUUUUGUCAAAUAAUUCACGUGGAACCAUCUCGACCGUAUCGAGUUUGUCUUAUUCGUGCACGUUUAACUGUUGGUCGAUAUUUAGUGGUUCCUUUCAUGGAACAACCAUUAUCUACAUCUGCCUAUUUGCUGAGAUUAUAUUUACCGAGACGUUCAGAAAGCAGAGAAUUCACUUUGGAUAUUCCACAAAAUGGUUUUUUAAAUUUUUUCAUUGGUAAACCAAAAGAAGCUGUACGUGUACAUGUACAUAGUGCAUCGAAUCUUUUAUGGCCUGAUGGUAAAAAUCCACCAUCACCAUAUUGUAUUAUUAAAUGUGAACAUGAAACUGUACAAACCACGAUAUCACAAAGUAAUAAUAAUCCUGUAUGGAAUGAAUAUUUUCUAUUUUAUCGACGUAAAUUAACUAAACCUAUUGAAAUACAUGUAAAUAAUGGAUAAACAUUCAUUAGGAUUCGAUGUAUUUCUUGGACGGCAUAGUUUUACAGAAGCGGAAAUUUCCAAUCGUUGUCAACAAGAAGUAGCACUCUAUGGGAAAGAUACAAAAACUGAACGAUUUCAAAAAAUGAAAGGUUCAUUACUAAUUGAAUUUUACAGUGUUGGUCAAGAAGAUUUUAUGAAUAUUUAAUAAGAGCAACAAUAAAGAACAAUGUUGUUUCUGUUUAUCUGCACUCAUUUGAAAAUGGUGUCCUUGUGUGUGUGUGUGUGUGUUUUGGUGUUUUGAAAAAACUGGUCUGAAGGAGAGGAAGAGGAGGAAUAUGGAUAAAAAUUUAUUUUGAUUAUUUUGUGAAUAUUAUUUUUUAGUUUCCUACUUGUGAUAUAAUGCAUAAACUGUGAUAAAUGUCUCUUUUAUCUUUGGUUUUUUGAUAUCUAAUACCGUUUGUAUAAUCCUUUUUUGUCUUCUACUAUAUAUAUGCCUUGAUGAUACGUUGUUGUUGGUUUGCGUUUUGUGCUUUCAACUAUUUAUUAACAUUAUUUCAGGGGAAAAAAGUGUUUGUGUGACUAUUUGAUUAUUAAAUACAAAACUGG